CUGAUAGGCCUCCUGAUCUUGUGCAUUGGAAUCUAUGCAGAGAGCGAGAGAAGGAAACACCAGACUUUGGAAGGGAUCUUCCUGGCACCGGCCAUCAUCCUCCUACUUCUGGGCAUCCUGAUGUUCGUGGUCUCAUUUAUCGGAAUGGUCGGAUCCUUAAGGGACAACUUGUUGCUUCUUAAAGCUUUCUUCUGGGUGCUGCUUGUCAUCUUCAUCAUAGAGCUCCUACUGAUUGCCAUUGAACUUGUUUGUGAAACUCAGCUAAAGAAGUUUGCCCAUGCAAAUAUCCUUGGGGGGAUGAAACAUUAUUACGAUGACUUGGAUUUCAAGAACAUAAUGGAUUUUGUGCAAGAAAAGUUUUCCUGCUGUGGAGGUGAAGAGUUUAGAGACUGGGAGGUGAAUCCAUAUCACUCAUGUAACAGCACUGGACCUUUGUCUUGUGGAGUACCAUACACAUGCUGCAUAACUGGAAAGGAUUCUGGUGGAGUGAAGAACACAUUAUGUGGAUAUCAGACACUUGAUAAAGAGAGACUGGACGUGGCUCACAUCAUCCAUGUGCGAGGGUGUAUACAUGGAGUGGGACUUUGGUUAAAUGACAACUUCUGGGUAACAUUUGGCUUAGCUAUUGGCCUCCUGGCUCCUCAGGUAACCAUAUAG